CCCAACACAAACCACUCGACGGCGGCAGACGCAAACGCCGCGCGCGCACGCAUCUCCCAUCUCCACCCCCCCUCUCUCUCACUCUUCCCGGCGCCGCCCCGCGGAACAAAUCGCCACGGCCAUGCCGCACCACCGCCAUCAGGGCGUCGCGGCGCCCCCGGACGAGGCCCCGUCGCCGCGGCCCUCGGCCGCCGGCUGCUACGCGUUCCUCACCCGCUCCCACCGCGCGGCGGGGGGCUACCGCCGGCUCGACUCCGCGUCCGCGCGGGCGCUCGACGACGAGGCGGCGGCGGUGAGGGUGGAGGUCGGGACGACGAGGGAGCGGGCGAAGAGCGUGUUCCACGUCGACCCCGCCGUGCUGGAGGCCGGUCCGGUGCGGCGGCUGCUGGCGGCCGCGGGGAGGCGUGCCCCCGGUGGCGGGGUCGCGGUGGCCGUCGACGUCCUGCUGUUCGAGCACCUGCUCUGGCUGGCGACCAAGGCCGGCGCCGGCAGCGGCGAGGGGGUGGACGGUGAAGAUGACUCCGGGGCCGCUGACGACCUGUCGGAGAUCGUGGAAUUCUACUCGCAGGACGACGACGACCACCACCACCAUGGGUCCUGAAUUCCAAUGCUCAAGUUGGUCAAUAAUUUCUCUGAAUCCGAAUCACUUAGCUGUUGUCCUUCAUGCGUAAAACUAUCUGUAUACAGCACAAUAUAUAUUAUAUAAUACUACUCUUAGCUAUAACUAUAAGAUGGGUCGUAUAGCAAAUUAGCAGCAAUGAGGGGAAUAAGGUGCUAUGGUUGUCUGUAAUUUAUGACUAUGCUUAAGAGAAAUAUAGUUACUACUUACUACUUACAUUAAACACAUAUUACUGUAA